AUGACUCGCGAAUAUGCCAGAAUAACACUGACAUUGCCACUUGCGAACACGCUGUUUUCCAACGGCAGGAGAUCAACUCUUCUGGCAUCCGAGUGGAGGCUUGCAACAGGAUUCUCCAAAACACGCGUCGAGAUGGUCAGAAACGCUGAGAAGCACAACCAGCUCAUUGACAUUCCACCUUCGGUCAUGUUCGACCAGGUCGACAUGAAGGCGCCCCUGGUGCCCAUAACGCACCCACGCAAGAUCCUGGAGGGGCUGGGAAAUAUCAUUGCAAAGGUCGAAGUCGACGGAGAGCCGUACCCUGCCUCCAUGGAGCUACAGACCAAUAUCCCCCGCUUGAUAGAGGCUCGCCGAGCCCUGCCCCAUUCACAGCCUGUUUCUGGGGCUAUCGGUGUGUGGGCUAUGAUAUAUCCCAAACACAUGUUUCUUCCUCGAGAAGACGUGGCCAGGUUUUAUUAUUCGGUGAAAGGUCGGUAUCUGGGAACGGCGUUGGGCAAGCUGGCCUUUGAUAUGUCAACCGACUUGGAGCGUUUGGCAUGGGAACGUGAGACUGUUCUCCGGAAUGCUUUCUUUCAGGGGGCCCGGCUACACAAAAUUUUGGGCGGCGGCGGCGAAUGGGGCGCCAAAGCCAGUCUUCUAUCCCUAGAUCCCAAGACCAGCCACACACCUCAGUCCGAGGCAGAUGAGCUGGACAGAUUUAUGAGAUCCUUCAACGGCGAACAUGAUGCCAAAGAUGCCAUCGCGCAGCCUGGGGACUUUGUGCAGUUCUUCGUGGAAAGAGAUGCGAAACAAAUGCCUCUUGACAAGCAUCACAACCUCAAAACAGUAUCAGACUACCCCCCCGUCAGGUUCGGGUGCGGGGAUAUGCACAUGAGAGAUAUUGACGAAAGCAAUCGGAUUCUCACGAGGCAGCGAAGUGACCGGGCCCACCCUGAAUACCUCUGUUCCGAUCACUUUGGCGCCCAUAGCGCGGAGGGCAUCUACGUGUCAUCCGGUGAGCUAGGUCCAAACACCAAAAUGGACGUGCCUGGAGCAACGGUGACCAUGACAACAGUCAAGGGCUCCGAAUCAUCCUAUCGCCCAUACGUGAGAGUUUCUCUCCAAGAAAUGGGUAGGAAUGGCGCACGCAAAUAG